AUGACUAUAGCCACAGCCGUAGCCACAGCCCUAGCCCUAGCCCUAGCCCUAGCCCUGGCCCUGGCCCUGGCCCUGGCCCUGGCCCUGGCCCUGGCCCUGGCCCUGGCAUUGGCCCUGGCAUUGGCCCUGGCCCUGGCCCUGGCCCUGGCCCUGGCCCUGGCCCUGACCACCAUGCUAGAAGAGCUAUUCUCCACACUACCCACAUGGGCGUGGCUUGUGGUUGUCCUCAUAUCUCUGGUGUGGUGGUACAACCACAAGCCAGCACCACCAAACUACCCGCCUUCUCCUGGUCUGUCCCUGCCUCUGAUUGGUCAUCUCUAUUUGAUGGAGAAAGAUCCAAGAAAAAACUUCAGACAAUGGGCACGGACAUCAGGAGGGGCUUUCAGCUUAAAGAUGGGGACAGCACCGUUUGUAGUGUUGAACAAAUACGAGCUGAUCCAUGAGGCGCUUGUUAAACAGGGAGAUAACUUUUCUGAUAGAUCAAAACAUGACUGCUUUUCUAAAUUAUUCCCUGCACGAACAAAUGGAAUUGCUCUUUCGUCCGGGCCGCUAUGGAAAGAAAUACGAACAACAUCAAUGACAAUAUUAAGAGAUUUAGGGAUGGGUAAAAAUAUCCUGGCGGAGAAAAUAUCUGAGGUGGUUGAAGUUUACCUGCAGGAGUUAUCUCACCUGAACGGUAGAGCAACGAAUGUCAGGAAUUUAACCAACGCUUGCGUCGCUAACGUCAUCUGUUCAAUUAUCUUCGGGAAAAAAUUCGAGCUGUCGGACCCCAGAUUUAAUCAACUCUUACAUCUCAAUCAACGACUAACUUCAGCGUUUUCAUCCUUAUCUAUUUUCAACUUCUUCCCUUUUCUAAAGUACAUACCCUUUGACCCUUUCAAAGCACAAAACCUGGUAUCCAUUCUUCAAGCUAUGAAACAAUACAUGCAAGAUCUUGUAAAUGUAUGUGUGGAGAAUCAAGACUCCUGUAACUAUGACAAUUUUAUUGUCGCGUUUGUCAACGAUUUUAAAUAUAAACACUCGAAAGGUCAAGCAACACUAUUGGAUAAAGAAAAAUUAAGCGUCGCCGUUGAAGAUUUAUUUGCAGCGGGUACUGAUACCACAGGUUCAACGAUGAUGUGGGCCAUGCUGUACGCUUUACAUUACCCAGAAACACAGGAGAAAAUUUAUCAGGAAAUUGUUGAGAAUGUUGGAACUAAUCGAUCACUUACAAUUUACGACAAGCCAAAGCUAAAUUAUUUAAACGCGUUCAUCAUGGAAGUCCAAAGAGUGACCACAAUCAUCCCAUACGCUACAGUGCACGAGUGUUCACAAGACACGACCGUUGGCGGUUACACCAUCCCUAAAGGGACACAAGUCCUGCCCAACUUGGAUUUUGUACACAACGACCAGCAAGUCUGGGGAGACCCGGGGAACUUUAGACCCGAGAGAUUUCUUGAUGACCACGGUGACGUCAUCUCGCGCGAGGAACUGAUACCCUUCUCAGUAGGUCGACGGUUAUGUCUGGGCGAUUCCUUGGCUAAAAUGGAGUUGUUUCUCUUCCUAGCUGAUUUAUUUCAAAGGUUUCGCCUGCUCCCAGGUGACCCAACCACCUUACCACCACUGGAAGGUGUCUUUAGUAUCGCCGUAACACCAUUGGCUUUUGACAUCUGCAUGGUGGAGCGAAACAACUGA